ACAUCGACUGGCGGGUAGAGUUGCGGCUGUACUGGUCGCGUGUUUUGCAAGACCUACGGCGUGUAAACGCAUUACUACUACGUGGGACGUAUUAUACCACGUUCUGGUAGCACAGGAACAAAAAUAGACAGUUGCUGGAUAUUUUCACGACACCAAGAAGCACCUGUACAACCAGUUGUUGGGACCAACUGUAUGGAAUGGGAAGGUGAUAGGUGUGCUGGUGUUGACGCUGACUUUGAGGACAGCGGUGACAGGUCAGACUAACACAACAGAUGAAGCUUAUGUGUGUUCUUCCUCCACUCAGAUGCUCUAUGCUGCAGUCGAGCAAGUUGAGUACCUGUCGUCUCCUGGCUACCCGGAUAGCUAUCCAAACAAUGCCGACUGUCGAUGGCUGAUAGACGCUGGCGGAUGGGAUAGCAACGAUGUCGUCAAGGUCACCAUCUUGACAGCCAGGAUGGAAUCGUGUUGUGAUUAUGUCCAGCUGUACGACAGUUCAUACAGCUAUGCAUCUCUUAGCUUGGUCAAGUUCUACAGCAUGCCUGGUCAGACAGUCUACUACAGCAGUGGACAGUACAUGUACAUCAAAUUCAUCACCGAUGGGUCUGUCAACUUCUCAGGCUUCACACUCACCUACGAGGCCGUUGACCGACAAAAUGCAUCUACACCCAGUCCUGCCCUCACUACUACAACUGAUGUGGCAACAGUAUGCAGUUCUUCAGGUGUGUACACCGAUGUUUACUACGGACAACCAAAAGUACUGAGUUUCACUCGCUACACUUAUAGCUCGUUGAACUGUUUGUGGAUCAUCAGGAGUGCCGAUACUAACGACUACUUUAACCGUUACAUUAUUCACGUGAUCGUGGAGGAUUUCACUCUCAGCUCCUGCAGUUUGACAGACUGUUCCUGUGGUUACCUGCAAGUGUUUGAUGGUGACUCCGGUAGUGGUGCAAGUCUGGGCAGGGUGUGCAACUCAUCAUACCCUGCUACACACUUCUACAGCAGUGGCACAUAUGCCACAGUCCGAGUCUACACCCGCAGAUACUCUCACUUCAGCGCCAGCUUCAGGCUGCGUUAUGAGAGUGUGCCGCGGUCAGAGGUCAGCACUACACCAUGCCCUGUCUAUACUCCAACGCUCAAUGCUGUAGUUGGGCAAACCGGGUACCUGACGUCUCCUAACUACCCGAUGAAAUAUGAAAGCAACACCAACUGUCAGUGGCUUGUUGACACUGGUAGUUUACUCCAUGUAGUCAAGGUGACCGUCUCUGAUGCCAGCAUGGAGCAGUGUUCUACUUGUUGUGAUUACCUGCAGCUGUUUGAUGGAAGGUCCGCCUAUCUCCCAACCUGGUCAAGCUGUGUAGCAUGGCCUCACAGCCGGUCUACUACAGCAGUGGACAGUACAUGUUCAUUCAGUUCUUCAGCGACUCUGCCAUCACCUACUCUGGCUUCAGCUGACCUACGAGGCUGUGUACAGUAAGCAGUCUCUGCCCCCUUCAGGUCAGUCCCAGGAUCACCUGACUGCGGUGGUUGUGGGCGGCGUCCUGGGAGCAGCCUUCCUCGUCAUCGUCAUCGUCCUUAUCUAUGUACUGCGCUGUCGACGACAAAGCUUGCGACCGACAAACACCUACCUGUACAACGAAGCCAGC